AUGACCGCCUACCUCCUCUCUCGGAUAGGAGAUCCAAUCUUCGCCCUAACGAUGGGUGUAACAGCCGCCAUGACGCGCAUCCGCCGUGACCAAAUCGAAAAGAGUCCCGAGAAAGCCUCGGAAAUCGGAUACGGAGCUGUCGUGCAGCUGGGUCAGAAGCGGUUACAACGGUGGUGGAAUGGGGACUUCAAAGACCUUUGA